AUGCUGCCCAUCACCGACCAACUCCUGCAGCUCCUGGGGCUGGAGAGGACCGCGUUCCGCGUGUACGCCGUCUCCGCGCUCCUGCUCUCCGGGCUCUUCUUCCUCUUCCGCCUGCUGCUGCAGCUCGGGCGCCUCUGCUGGGGCUUCUACGUCACCUGCCGCCGGCUGCGCUGCUUCCCCCAGCCGCCCCGGCGCAACUGGCUGCUGGGCCACCUGGGUAUGUACCUUCCAAAUGAGUCGGGCCUUCAGGACGAGAAGAAGGUGUUGGACAGCAUGCACCAUGUGGUCCUGGUGUGGAUCGGACCCGUCCUGCCGCUCUUGGUUCUGGUGCACCCUGAUUACAUCAAGCCCCUGGUGGGCGCCUCAGCUGCCAUUGCUCCCAAGGACGACCUUUUCUACAGCUUCCUGAAACCUUGGCUAGGGGACGGGCUUCUGCUCAGCAAAGGUGACAAGUGGAGCCGUCACCGCCGCCUGCUGACGCCUGCCUUCCACUUCGACAUCCUGAAGCCCUACAUGAAGAUCUUCAACCAGUGCACCAACGUCAUGCACGCUAAAUGGCGGAGGACUCUGGCAGAAGGCUCGGUGGCCUCCUUUGACAUGUUUGAGCACAUCAGCCUCAUGACCCUGGACAGUCUUCAGAAAUGCGUGUUCAGUUACAACAGCGACUGCCAGGAGAAGAUGAGCGAUUAUAUAUCGGCCAUCAUUGAGCUGAGCGCGCUGGUCGUCAGGCGCCAGUACCGCCUGCAUCACCACCUGGACUUCAUCUACUACCUCACAGCCGACGGGCGGCGCUUCCGCCAGGCCUGCGACACGGUGCACCGCUUCACCACCGAGGUCAUCCAGGAGCGGAGGCAGGCGCUGCGCCACCAGGGGGCCGAGGCCUGGCUGAAGGCCAAGCAGGGCAAGACCUUGGACUUCAUCGAUGUGCUGCUCCUGGCCAGGGAUGAAGAUGGAAAGGAACUGUCAGAUGAGGACAUCCGAGCUGAGGCAGACACCUUCAUGUUCGAGGGUCACGACACAACAUCCAGUGGGCUCUCUUGGGUGCUGUUCAACUUGGCAAAGUACCCAGAAUACCAGGAGAAGUGCCGGGAAGAGAUCCAGGAAGUCAUGAAAGGCCGGGAGCUGGAGGAACUGGAGUGGGAUGACCUGAUCCAGCUGCCAUUCACCACUAUGUGCAUCAAGGAGAGCCUGCGUCAGUUCCCACCUGUGACCCUUGUCUCUCGUCGCUGCACAGAGGACAUCAAGCUUCCAGAUGGGCGUGUCAUUCCCAAAGGAAUCAUCUGUUUGGUCAGCAUCUAUGGAACCCACCACAACCCUACCGUGUGGCCUGACUCUAAGGUGUACAACCCUUACCGCUUUGACCCAGACAAUCCCCAGCAGCGCUCUCCGCUGGCCUUUGUGCCCUUUUCUGCAGGACCCAGGAACUGCAUCGGACAGAGCUUCGCCAUGGCAGAGAUGCGCGUGGCGGUGGCGUUGACGCUGCUACGCUUCCGCCUGAGCGUGGACCGAACGCGGAAAGUGCGGAGGAAGCCAGAGCUCAUCUUGCGCACGGAGAAUGGCAUCUGGCUCAACGUGGAGCCGCUGCCUCCACGGGCCUGA